AUGACAGCCACGCAGGACCAGCUCAACGUCGACUUUGUGCGAUCCCACUUCCCCGCCAUCGUCAACAACCCCGAGUACAUCUUCUCUGAGAAUGCCGGAGGGUCGCAGGUGCUCGCGUCCGUCGUGUCGCGCCUCUCGUCGUACCUGCUCGAGAGCAACGUGCAGAUGGCCGCCUACCCGCUCGCACACACCGCCGCCGCCAAGGUCGAGCGCGGCACGUACGCCGCUGCUUUCCUCGUCGGCGCCGACUCGAAGGACGAGGUGCUCCUCGGUCAGAGCGCCACGCAGAUCGCCGAAAACAUGGCUCGAAUGAUUGAGAGGACCCUCGAGAAGCGCCGCGAGGGCGAGCCUGGAGAGACGUGGAAUGAGGGCGACGAGAUCAUCGUCUCCCAGUCGGACCACGAGACCAACAUCGGCGCCUGGGCUCGUCUGGCAGCCCGCAACAAGCUGACGCUCAAGGUGUGGCCCGUGACGCCGCUGCCCUCCUCGCAGGGCGGUUCCGAUUCGAACCCAUACGCCGUCGGCCUGGACCCGGCGGUCCUCUCGACGCUCCUCACGCCGCGCACCCGCCUGGUGGCCUUCACCGGCUGUUCCAAUGUGCUGGGCACUUUUACGCCGAUCCGCGAGAUUACGUCGCUCGUCGCGUCCAAGACCGGGGGCAAGGCGCUGGUGGCCGUCGACUGCGUGGCCUUUGCGCCGCACAGGCCCAUGCGUCCCAAGGAGUGGGGCGUCGACAUGGCCAUCUUCAGCCUGUACAAGACCUACGGCCCGCACAUUGGCAUCGGCUACGUGGCGCCGCGCGCCCGCGACCAGUGGUUUGGCAAGCUCAACCACUUUUUCCUCCACGACGCCCAGGGCGCCGGCACGUACCCCUACACGCCGUCGUCGCAGCAGUACGAGCUCAUCUACUCGAUCACGGCCGUCGCGGACUACCUCGUCUCGCUCGCCGACGCCAACAAGAGGGAAGAGGACUGGACCCAGGUCUACACGUCGCCGCAGCACCGGCAGCUCCUCGACGCGGCGUUUGCAAAGAUCGCACGCCACGAGGAGGAGCUGCAGCGCAUCCUCGUCGACUUCCUCGUGUCGCAGCACCCGAGGGGCGUGCGCAUCGUCGGCUCCGAGAGCCACCGCGCCGAGAUCCGCGCACCCACCGUCGCCUUUGUCGUCGUCGACAAAGAGGGAAAGCCGCAGCCGCUGAGCAAACGGGUCCACCAGGCCCUCGUCGAGGACAACAAGCUCGGAGCGCAGCAGGGGCACAUGUACGCCUACCGCCUCGUCGAGAAGCUCGGCCUCGACAUUCAGGACGGCGUCGUCCGCGUCAGCUUCGUCCACUACAACACGACCGGCGAGGUCGAGCAGUUCUGCGCCGCCCUCGGCAAGGUCCUCGACCGUCUGGUCUAA